CGAUGGCAGUCAACAAGGAGGAGAAGCCCAAAGAAGGCAGGAGCACCAGUGGCGUCACAACAGCACCAGAAGGCGGCUGGGGUUGGAUGAUCGUUGCUGGUUGUUUCCUCGCCACCAUCUGCAUUCGGGCAGUGACCAGGUGAUGUUGUCACGUUUUUUAAUCCAAUGAGUUACGACCAAAACCUGUGGCCAAAGGUAUUAUGUUUUCGGGUCGUCCAGCCGUCCGUCCCAUACUUGUGAACAGGAUAUCUCAAGAACGCCCUGAAGGAAUUUCUUCAAAUUUGGUACAAACUUUCAGUUGGACUCACAGAUGAACUGAUUAGAUUUUGGUGAUUAAAUUGUAAAGCACAUUUUGGUCUUGUGAUCACAACAUCACAGGAAGACCUGCAAAAGCUCUCCUAGGCUCAGAGACCUGAUAAGAAUUUGGUUAUCACAGGUCAAGGUUCGUGACCUCAUAUAAGUCUGGAGAUAACACCUGCACUGGGUGGCGGAGGCUUGCAACAACAGGGCGGUGAUUCUACUUUACAGUCCUUUCAUAUCUUGUGUUUUUUUUCUAAGCCACAAAGCUGAGGUGAGGGAAAGACAAAUACAAAGAAGGAACGGGUUCAAACCUUCACACCCUGGACGUCAUGGUUUCAUAACGUGACCCUUACUCCACUAAUCCUGCAGAACGGCCACAUUUGAUAAAAUCCCUGAUCUGUUCAAUAUGAACGAAGACCACGUAAACACAUCCGGUAUCUAAUCAUGUUGAGUGGGAGAAUAUUUCAUCUGGAACCUCAUUUUCUGGAGACCAGACUCAACUGUUCUUUCAUCAAAUCUACUAAACAACUAAACUUUAACUCUGCCCAGAGGUCAAGCUUCAUGUUCUCAGCUUUUUGAAACCCCUCUGUGUUAUUACCUGGCAGGACUCCACUCCCACUCAGCUCAAACCUGUAAGCUGCUAAUCAAUGUGGUCUUUUUUCCACUGGGGCUUUAAACAUUCUGGGGAGAGGUUUCCAUGUUUCCUAGUUUGCACAGUCAGACCAUCGCCCCCCCAACUCAGCUGACACUUGACACUUAAAAACAAGUGUGCACUUAGCGCAGGGACAACACUUCACCCGCCACUGGAAAGACAUAGGGUUGAGGCCCUGAACAUUCUUGCCGGAGGGAAGCUGACGAGGGAUCAUGUUCCUCACACAGCGCCAGCAACAUCUUUCAUAUGGUCGGGGGUGUCUAGACAGAGAACAAAGGGGAGCAGGGAACGGACAGACGGCAUCAAACAUCCCAAAAAGAUCCAUGAUCUAUACCACUUGUCCUUUGAGGAUCGCAGGGAGAGCUGGGUGAGGCGACAUAUAGAGACUACCAACCAAACCCACAACCAGAUGUGUUUCCAUCUUCUUCGUGGAGUUCCAGCUGCACUUCGAGCAGGAUUAUUCCACCACCGCCUGGAUCCACAGUCUGAUUGACUGUACCACCAUGCUCUGUGCUCCUCUGGGUGGUUUCCUCGGGAGCCGAGUGUCCUGCAGAGCGACGGUGAUUCUGGGAGGUUUGCUGUCGGCUGCCGGAUUCAUCCUCAGCUCCUUCGCUUCCAGUCUGGAAUAUCUCUACACUUCCCUGGGGAUCCUCACAGGUCUUGGCUUUGCUCUCAGCUACACACCAGCCAUAGCGAUGGUUGGGAGGUACUUCAAUGAGAGGAAAGCUCUGGCCUAUGGCAUCGCCCAGUCCGGUAGCGGCAUCGGGACCUUCAUCCUGGCUCCUGUCGUCCAGCUGCUCAUUGAGCAAUACUCCUGGAGAGGAGCUCUGCUCAUCCUGGGAGGAUUUGUUUCCAACCUGUGUGUUGUUGGAGCUCUGAUGAAGCCGCUGGAGCCAAAAGGUGAAGGGAAAUCCGAGAAGUUGACUAACUCAGAGCACGACUGCCUGACAACAGUGCUGGACACGAAAGACACUGAAAAAGUUCCAGCUGACUGCAGCCAGGGGGAGCCAAAGCAGCUGGAAAUAAGCAACUUGAAGGAAACUCGAGGGCUGCUCAUCUCCAACGGAGCGUUUAAAAACAUCAGACUGGAAAACGACAAACUGUCUGAGAGGAACAUAGCCCUGCUCUCAGGUCAAACAGAAAUAAAGAUAGCUGAGUGCAUUUUAUUCAGCAACAAGCUAACGGAGACGGUGCUCGGGGAGAUCAAACGCUCGGAUGCCAAAUUAGCAAACGGAAGCACGAUUGAGGACAUGAAGUUAAUUGAAUCCAUGAUCUUGAGCGGUAAAGCUGACAAGACAGAUUUGAAGACAGAAGACCCAGGACUCACUGAAACCAAACCGGACGCCGUCAGCCCUCCUCCUGCGUUAGUGAACACGAACCCUUCAUCCAGAAGUCGGUGUUUUUGCCUCGAGUCCACCGAGGAGUUUGGAUUCCUUGUGAGGCCCGACUUCCUGAUUCUGUCGGUGUCCUUCCUGUUUUUGGCGUACGGCUGCAGCGCUCCAGUGGUUUACCUGGUCCCAUACGCCCUCAGUGUGGGGGUGGACCACAAGCACGCCGCCUUCCUCAUGUCCAUAUUUGGAGUCAGUGGCAUUGUGGGGAACAUCACCUUCGGAUGGGUCACGGACAGGAAGUGUCUGAAGAAGUAUCGCAUGCUGAGCUUCAUGGUGGCGCUCGGCUUGGAGGGCCUCUGCUGCAUGUUCGCCCCCCUCCUGCGCUCCUUCUCGCUCCUCGUCUCGUUUGCCGUGCUCUACGGAUACUUUGACGGAGCGUACGUGGCGCUCAUCCCAGUGGUGACCUCUGACAUCGUGGGCUCCACCCAUCUCACCUCCGGCCUGGGUGUGGUCUACUUCCUGCACGCUAUCCCUUACCUGAUCAGCCCGCCGAUAGGAGGUUGGUUGGUCGACAGGACCGGCGACUAUGCAGCGACCUUCCUCCUCAGCGGCGCUUGCUUCAUGCUCAGCUCCGCGGUCCUAAUCUCCACCAUGUUAGUCCGACGCUGCCGCAGGUCCAAGUGUAGCUCAGCUGCUCAUUUAGAUCCGAAUCGUUGUGCUUCUGUUGCCGCUCAGCAGGGAAUCAUAUGAUGCACCUCACCUCUGCUGGACCGCGGGUUUACAAAGACAAAACAGUCGUGGUGCUAUUUUGAUGUGCAUCGUCUGUCGCUGAUGUGUUUGGGGCAUUGGAACCGAGACCUCAGGUUCAGUAAGAACAGUUCCCAGAAGAACCAAAGAGGAACAACCUCAGCCCCGUUUUAAAGAAACUGCUUUUUGUUGUGACUGUGACACACAAGGAUCAGGUUAUUUUGUAUCUUUGUUGUUCAAUGUGGAUUUUCUGUCCUGUGAAGAAAAAGGGCUUUCUCAUGUCAUACGAGCCAAAUUCUGCAAACUUCAAAAAAACUCUCCGGCCUUAGUGAGAGUUUCAAUAAUGUGAAGACGCACAAACUGUUCUCACCAAUUUCAUAUAGAUUAUACAUUUUAUUUAAACUUUUGAUUAUAAAGAGUUGCUUAUCUACUCAAAUGAUAAUAUCGAUCAUUGUAUCAAGAAAACAUUUUGAAAAACUCAUCAAAACACUGCAGAGAAACUUUCUGGUGUGAAAGAAUUUGAGUGAAUCAAUGUGAAAACAAAAUAUAAUGUCCAUACCUGACAUUGCACGGCAUAUAGUAAUAAAAUGAAAUUGUCCUUGAGCCGACAAGCCUAUAGAGGGUGCAGGACAAAUCCAACUUAAAAAAUCGUGUUGGUGAAAAAUGCACACUUUCAUUUAACUUAAUUUUAACUUGAAUUUUAAAUGUAUCUUCAAUUUGAAGUGGAUUUUUUAUGUUAACCUUGCCUGUGAUGUGCCUUAAAUCUCCGUACAUUAACGCCAUUACGCACAAAUACACAUAUCGAAACAUAUCAGACGAAGUAAACGUGCUGAUGUUUGUGGAUCAGGACGAUGUCGUCUCCCUCAGGCCGACACAUCAUCGUGUAAACUUGUGUUUUCAAGCUUGGGAACACAUGACAACCUGUGACUGUAACGCACAACCAUAUAUUCCUGACAGUACUACUUACAAACCUGUGGGGAAGAAAUCUGUUGGGAAAUAACCAGUGAAACUAGAGGAGUUUUCAGGGAGGAGAAGGGAGUCGGACUUCCCUGACACUUGAGAGGUGGACUAAAGGCUGAACUGCUGCUUGUAUUCAGCCGUUUCUGAUAAACCUGUAAGAUCAAUGCUUAAAAGGUAGUUUUGUGUACUUUGAAUUAGAUGAAAAAUAUUCCUGGGAAAUAAUGGCACCUGUGAAAAAAGAAAAUAUAAAAUGUGAACCUCUGCUUUAGAUCACGACACUUAUACUGUGUGUAAAUAUAAUGUUCAUGCAAUAACUUUCUGUGGGGUUUGUCAUGAAUAGAAAAUUCCAUAUAUCCAUGUUAAUGUUUAAAAUGUAUGUAAUUAUAUUGAUUUGUUGGAAUGAGGAAUAGGAUCAUAGCUGUGGAGUCAGUCGGUUACAUGAUGUGGAAGCUAUUGAAAGAAAUGUAUGAUUUUUUUAUUAUAAUAUUCAAGCAAAUUAUUCCUUCUGAUUCUUUCUAUUUUGUUCGAUUGUGUUGUUUGCUGUUCUUCUGUUUCUCUAUAGUUCUGUUCAAAUUGAUCUGUUCUGUUCUAUUCCACUGCACCUGCUAGCCACUAGGGGGCAGUAGACUCGUGUUUGAUCAUCUCACACAUAAAAAAAAAACUUCUCUCUUCAAAUCAAAUGUUGAAACAGAGGAAAAGUACUAGACUGUGAGAAAGUGUCAAUGCUGGGAGAGAAAAACUGGGUUUAACAAGAAGGAAAGAAGAAAUAAAAUGUGUGUGAGCAGAUUGUUGUCUUUAGAUCUAAUGAUAAAUAAUAUACAAGAUGUUGUUGAUGUAGUGAUACUGAAACUUUUAAUUGAACUAAGAUCAUUUCUUGUGAUUACACUUUCAAAAUGACGAUACAAACAAAGUGAAAGUGCAGAAAAAGUAGUUUGUGUCAUUAAUAAUUGUGGCGCCAGAAAUCUCGUUGGAGCAGACACUGACUGGAAGGUAGAUUUCCCUUUUGACUUACUGCUACACCCACGUGUUUGUGUUUGUGGUGUGUGUGUGUGUGUGCGUGUAAGACUAUGAAGUGUGUGUUCACCAAAGAGAACAUCCCGUUCUCUGAGUGUCGGCCCCCACACGGGGAGCCCUGCAUUGUUCCGCUGCUGCAGUAGCAUCCUCACAUGUGACAUGCAUGUGUGCGUUUGUAACAUUACACAGUGUGUUUGGAUUUAUUUGAUCAGUGUCCUAAAACCUACCAUCUCUA